UUACAAGGAAGGGUGCUGCUAAACAUUAUCAAGGCCAAGGGUGCAUUACAAUUUACUAGCACGAGUGGAAAGACAAUAAGCAAGAUAAUAUACAAGCAAGAUAAACACCAUGAUCAGAGUAUGAAUACGGUGAGUGAGGCAUGACCAAUACUAGAUUCCCCUUAUUACGUUUUCGUAGCGCUCUGCCAUUGUGGUUAUAGUGGUAUCACUGAUAUUCAAGAUGGCUUAUUUUUUUGUCCUGACCCGUACAAGAACUUUUAAAAAAAGCUAGGGUCAGGUGCCCGAUAGCCAACAGCAAAAUAUUCGCGAAAACAUUCAAUAUUUUCAUUCAAGGCCGCUAUCUUUAUCAGUGAUACCACUAUAACCACAAUGCAAAGCGCUACGAAAACGUAAUAAGGGGAAUCAUGCAUCAAUUGUUACUGAGUUAUGUGGAUGUGUAGGAAUGACAAAGUCAGAUCCAUCACGUACCUGCAUGUGAGUGAUUUCAGGUUUGGGACUGGGAAAGACACACAAAUCCGCUGAAAAUGACGCACAAGUGUUACAAUGUCACCAAUAAUGCAAUAUACCAGCUGCCACAUUGUUCUUGACCUAUUAAAAUCACAGAGCAUUAAAAUUGGAAAUACUAUUAUACAAGAACAAACCGAGUUCCCUGCGGGCUACUGGAAUCGGUUACUGACACCAAGCAAUUCAUGAAAUCGUAAUUUUCAAAGCCAAAUUAACAUUAAUUUAAAGUUAUUGAAUACUGUUUUUCUCGUUAACAUCGUACUAGGAAUAGUACGUCUAGUACCUAAGUCCAAGCAAUGAAGGCGAAACAAUUUCUCUAAUGUUAAUUUUUGCAAAACAGGAAUCAGAACCAACGGUCUCUAGAUCUGCUGGUAUGUUAAAAUUUCUCAGUAGGUGAACGUAUAAUUAAUUAGCCUAUGUGCAUGUCACAGGUCACAGCAAACGAUAUUCAAUGUCACUUGGACUAUCGAAAAGCUAUUUUUAACCAAUAUUCAGUAAUAUUGGACGUAAUCUCCAAACUCAGUAACGAUACCCAGGUGGCCUGCACAAGACAUUUUAGCACAUCCUGUUAACACAAAUAUAUAUAAUCUUGUUAUAGACCUUAACCUGAAAACCAAGCCAGGAUAUAUCGAACCAAUUAAUAAGCCAGUGUCAUCGAUCCAAUUAGGAAUCUGGAAAAGAACUCAAAGAAUGGCACAUUAGAUCGGCUAAGUUAAUUAAUUGUAAAAGGGGAAACCGCGAAAAGGGAGAUUACCGAUGCCGGGGCCUUGCAAGUUACCGUAAACCUCCGAAUAUAAGCCGUGGGCUUAUGGUAAUGUCUAAAAGGGAUGGACGAGAGGUAGUUUAUACGAGAUGGUUCCAAAAUUGAAAUACGAGUUUGCGUUAGUGUGGGGUGAGGAUAAGGUUUAGUAUUGUUGCACGUGGCUGGUUGUCGAUUCUUUUACGUUUUAAUGAUCUUAAAAACUGGCGGCCAUCUUGAAAACCUGCUUCUAGUCCAUCCCCUUUAUCCACGACCGUGGGCUUAAUGGCUUAUAUUCGUUCGUAAGCAUUUUUUGAUGGGCUUAUAGGCCGUCAUCCUGUUUUACCUGUUGGUCCUGCUGCUGGCCCACCUUCUGCUGUUUCAAGUAAUAUUUCAAAUCCGACAAUGAGGACUGGACAGACUAGAUUUCAAGUCCGCAAUCAAGUCCAGUCCUCACAGUCGGAUUUGAAAUGACAUCUCAUGCGAACUGUAAAUCACUAUUUAAUUAUUUUUUAUCCAGUCCAAAGAUUGAAUUAAUUUUCAUCCAGUCCUAGGACUGGAUCAAUGUACUUCAUCAUAUCAGGUAUCCCGUAUUAUCAUGUGAGCAAAAUGAAGCAAUAUGGUUGGCUAAUUUACUCAUGAAUUAUUGAGUUUGAGAUCGGCUAUUCCUGGAUUCCCCGUUUCACUGAAUGAUAGCCAAGUGCAGUGAGUGCCCAAUCGUCAUAUUUUUAUAUCCGUCUCCGGCGUUAAUCAUUCUUGCAAAAAAUCUCGCAACAAAUCAACACGCAAUCAAACGCACAGCACAAGACGAAAAUCAGUGUACUGAGUAUUGACCACGCGCUUUAAAAUGGGGAAAGUUAUGGUUGCUUUGGCUGCCUUGCUUGCCGUAAUGUUGGCUGAAAGUGCUACCUCAGGUUUGUGAGUAUAGUGUUUUAAUAUCAUUUGGCAACUCACACAUUCUAUAGAAUAGAAUCAAUGAAAUACCAUCGAAUUUAAAUACCAUCGAAUUCUUGAUGUGAUAAAAAUGAUGUCACAAUGAAAUUAAGCCCUGACUUAUUUAGAUUGUUAGUUGUCUUAGUUUGUUUCAGUAUAAUUGUUCAAUACUUUAUUAAAGAAAAGCUAUAUUAGUUUCAGUAAAGAAUAGAAAGAGUUUUUCAAAGAAUACAUUUUCAAUAACCUGACUAUAAGUCAAGUUAUAAAUAACCUAUAUACAGCCUCGUACCCAGGCGCUUUGGUGUGCUACGCCGUCGCGUGACGCGCGCGUGGAAAUAUAGCUGAUAUCCCGCAAACUCUUCGCGGUAGCACGAAAUAUUUAAAACUUGAAAUCCGUGUCGUCUAAAAAAUGAAAUGCCGAGUUUGUCUUGUCAAAAAUAGUACACAUAUUUGGCUAACGUUGUUUGUUGCUAACCAAAUCACAACUUUAGAAUACUCACAUGCCUAGUUCAAGAUUUUGUUAUUAUUAUUAUUAUUAUUAUUAAAAAUUUCCAAACUAACAGUAACAACUGAAUUACUUUGGAAUUACAAGGUAUAAGAACAAACAUAUUCAAUCUAUUCUAUAUUUACAAGUAAAAAUAGGUAAAUUAGAUAAAAAUUACGAUAAUAAACUAAAAGUUUACUUAUUAUUAUAAGCACGAGACGCAGCAGGAAUGAAACUGUUCGAAAGCUUAGUUACUUUUGUUUUAUUUUAUGCUUCUGUAAACUAGAACAAUAGUAACCAGGCAUGUGAGUUCUCUAAAGUUGUGAAUACACCCAUUCGAUAAUUACGUCACAACUACACUGUUUUCAACUUAGGACCAUCUUAAGGUGGCUCCCUACAGUUAUUCUUGUUUACCCAAUAAUUCCGUAAAACAGGCUUAUUUGUGCAGAACGCGAAUUCAUUUCGACUUGGUGACAAUAUUGGUCACCUAAGGAAAAUUUCAAACUAGAUUUCGACAACUUCAGUGUUACCAUGGCAACAUGACGACAGCACAAAACCUUCCAAUUUAACCCAUAAAUGUGCCGCUAUCUCAAAAACGAUGUCGGUGACCUAUCUUUUUUAUUUCAUAUAUCAAUAGGGAAUGAUGCUCUGCAACUGUGGUGAAAGUUUAAAAACAUUCUGUAGUGUGUGAUUUUUUUAAAAGCGAAAAUUUUAUUGCGAAAUUUCCACACUACAGAUUUUUUUAAAAAUUGAAAUUUAUAUAAUUUACCGCAAAAUAAAUUCGUGGUCAAAAUUUGAAGAUAGGUCACCGAUGAAACUAAUGAGUAAAAUGCAAAUAAAGUUAGAAAAUAGCCUCGUGUAACUCGAGAAAUUCCCUAUUGAAAAGCGUCGCUGACUAGUAAAAGAUUGUACGCGGGCGCAGAACGAGUUUUCAUUCAGCAAAAUCGAGCCGCAAUGUUGUUUUUACUGUAUUGUUUUUGUCAACUUUUCGAUUUAUUUGAGUGCCAUGGACAGCCAAGGAUUAAUGUGAAGGAUCAAAUCGAUGAAAACAAAGUUGAAGCUAAUUAAACCCUGCCGUUUACUCAAUCUAUGAGCUGUAACAGCCUAAUAACAGGUGGACGUAUUUUUUUGUUUCAUGUUUGGUUUUGUACUUUUUGCUAAAAAUGAACAAUUAGGCUAUGAAACUGAAAUAUUUUUCUGUUUACAUAUUAUCACUUUAAUCUUGUAGAAACACGACUAAAAACGUGAACGUUUUCUUGAGAAGUAAAUAACUUUUUAAACGUUUGUAUGAAAUUUUGCAAAUGUUUUACAGUUGACAGUGUAUAUUUAAAGAAAAUUAAAAAACAUUGUUUCGUAGCUAUUUUCUGGUCUAGUGAUAUUCGUAUCAUAUGUAGAAUUGCUGAAGUGAUUUGGCACUCAAAACGAAGUAUUAUUCAACGCUUUUUUCCAUUAGAAACCUUUCAGAAAUAGCUUUAUUUUUAAAAAAGCGUGGUCAAUUUUUGUUUUGUUUUGAUCAUGCGGUUGCGUGGGAUAAUUCACGUACUGGUCCCGCGAACAUCCCGCACGCAACUGUAGGUAGCCUCCUUAAAUGGAAAGGAUUUCAAGUUGUUUUUUCUCAUGGGCUAUGCACAGAGAAGCAGAACAUCCUUCCUCAACACAUGCGCGAAAAAUAGUUUGGAUUUUGAUCAAUAACUAUGGAAAUAAGCAUUAACACGAAAACGAGGGAGCCUCGUUUUCGUGUUAAAACUUAUUUCCACAUUUAUUGGUCAAAAUAAAAAGGAGGAUGAAAUGAAUUGAAGAAGGAUGUUCUGCUUCUCUGUGCAUAGCGCAUGAGAAAAAAUUACUUGAAAUCCUUUACAUUUAGGAUGGUCCUAAGUUGAAAACAAUGUAGUUGUGACGUAAUUAUCGAAAGAGUGUAAUCAAACCUUUGAAAUUUGUCUAUGAUUGUCCAAAGUUCCAAACCUUCCUGUUUGUGGUGCGCCGGUGAUAGUUAAGAAAAAUCCAACAUAAACAUAAUAUCUAUUUGAUCGGUCAUGACAGUAUGUUCCAGGAUGCAUUUGCUAUGUUCACGCGACAAAAUUUGUAAAUGCGAGUCGGGGCUACCCUGCGUCAGGGGGUUCCUAUUUCGCUUAUAUGCAGAUGUGAUGUGUUCAGUAUAAUUAAUAAUACAGUAUUCUGUAUAGGUUGACAGGUCGUGCCCAGAGGUUUUCUCCGCCUCGUCGCCUCCUAAAACACUCGCCUGACACCAGAAAACCUCUGAACCCCGGGUACACGCAGGCUAAUAAAGCAGUACAGCGAAAUCAACUAAAAUCUUUGUUUUUAAUAAUUUAUCAAUAUUGGCUACAGAUCAGUGAUAACAUAUGUACUUAAAUAUCAGGAUUCUGGGCAUCUCACUCGAUAUAGAACUAAUUGUUGAAGGGGUUUGUACAGUUUAGUGAUGGACGAUACCAGGAUUUUUAAUUCGAUACCGAUACUUUUAAGAUCGCUAUCGGCCGAACCGAUGCCUAUUUCGAUACCAAAAUGAACACAAAAUUUCAAUUUUCGAUACCGGAAGUGAGUACUUAAAUUGCUAGUAUCGCCUACUUUCGAUACCUGUCGGUCAGCGGAAAAACAUUUUACAUUACUGUAUGUAACCUAAACAAAGCUAUAUGUAAACCAAAAGCCUGAAACGUAAUAAAAAUUUUCUAUACAUGACUUGGCGCACCACAUUUGGAAUAUUAAGACUUAUUUUAGUGGUUCAUUAAGUCUUAUUCAAUGGACCAUUUGCAUUAUAGACUAAAUUUUGAUCUAGACAAAAAUUUCAUCACAGCUUGAAAGAGCAUCACAAAAUUAGUAAUAUUCCAAAGUUUCGUUGCAAAAUGUUGUAAAAUGCGGAUAAUAUAGCCAUGCAAAGUUUGCUGUUUUUCAGUCAUUUUGUAUUACGCACGGGAAAUUGACAGCCCAAUCGGGUGUUGGGGCAUCAAUUUCCCGUUUGUAAUACAAAAUGACUGAAAAUUGCAAAUUUCGAAACGCCAUAUUAUCCGCAUUUUACAACAUUUCGCAACGAAACUUGGGAAUAUUACUAAUUUUGUGAUGCUCUUUCAAGCGGUGAUGAAAUUUUUGUCUAGAUCAAAAUUUAGUCUAUAAUGCAAAUGGUCCAUUACCAAGAAGUGAAAUUAAACAAGUCAUUUAAAAAAGGAUGCAAGUAUCGAACGAUACCACGUCAGUAAUCGAUACCGACACCGCUGUUUGUGGUAUCGCUGGUAUCGAAUACCGAGUACUCGGUAUCGCCCGUCACUAGUACAGUUAUUAGACCCAUAACCACGAGCAGUUGCGAAAAAUGCAACAUUGCAACUAUAGACCUUCUGGCAGGAAUCGAACCGGCGGCCAUGCGAUUGCGGUAACAAAGGGGUGACACCCCCCCACCCCCAAAAAAAAAGUACGAAUCAUCUGGAUUGGCAGGGCGAGUCAUCUGGAUUGGCAGGGCAAUCAAAGAUUUUAAAUGAUAGAAUGUAGAGUUAUUAAGUAACUUACAGGGCUUCCAGAGGGAAUUGAAUAGAAUUUAUAGACCUAAAUUGUACAGAUAUUGGUCCAAAAAUAAGGGUUUCAUGCAUGUUUUAACAGGAAUUUUUACGGAAAAAAUUUGUUGACACUUAAUUUAACUGGUUUAUGUCUGGGAAAAUUUUUUCGACCCUUUUUUUGAAUGUCCGGAAAAAAAUUUUUAAACUUCCGCCAACAACAUUUUUUGGAAAAAUAGUGGUAAAAAAAAACGCUGCAGGGCAUCAUCGGCUUUUGCAGGGCAAUUCUAGCAGGCACCCCCUAAUUAAAAGGAGCUAGUUUCGCCCCUGACUAUUUUAUCAUAUUCAACUUGUAUGCAGGAGGAGAGGGCUGCAGCAAAAACAUCAUUGCUUAUUACAAGUUUGAUUAUUCGUAUCGUGAUGUGUGCAACGGAUACAACGCUAUCAAUGAUGGGAUUGAAAACGACUUGGUGUCAUCUAAAGGAAUAUCUGGCGGUGGAUUUGCAGUACAGCUACUCGUAUAUUCUGCUAAACUACGUGUUCCAGGCCUGAAUGGUUAACCAUACACUCUAAAAACACUCUGGUUAAAUUUGGGUUAAUUCAACCAGUACGGGGUUAAAAAUCCACCUACACAAGUCUGGUUA